CUCGUCCAUCUCUCUUUUACCCCCUCACCUCCACUGUCUCCUGUCUCUUAUUUUGAGAUUUUUCUCUUUUGUUUUGGUGUUGUUUUGUACUUGGCAUCCUGCUCAGUGAAAGUGUUUUUUUUUUUCUUUUAUUUAGAGUUUUUAAUUGUUAAACCUUAAGACCCCCCAUGUGGGUUUGGUUGGUUUUUUUGCUGAUAAGAACAAGUGAGGAAGAAAAAUCUGUUCAAAAACUUCCCACACAACCCUUUUCACCACCAUUGUUUUCCCUUCUUUUUCCUCUUUUUGCGCAGAGUGAUAGUUAGAUCCUAAGCAGACAACUGAAGAAAUGACUAAAGAUGAAGACUUUAAGCUUCUCAAGAUCCAGACGUGUGUUCUCAAAGUGAACAUACAUUGUGAUGGAUGCAAGCAGAAAGUGAAGAAACUCCUGCAGAAAAUUGAGGGUGUUCUCAAAGUAAAUAUAGAUGCAGAACAACAAAAGGUCACAGUCUCAGGAAGUGUCGAUCCUGCAACUUUGAUUAAGAAGCUGAUGAGAUCAGGUAAACAUGCAGAGCUUUGGUCGGCAAAAUCCAACCACAACCAGAAACAGCAGCAGCAAGCUCAUUGCAUCAAAGAUAACAAGAAUGGCCAAAACCAAAAGCAGGGUCUGAUGAAGGGUCUCCAGGCCUUCAAAAACCAGCAUAAGCACCCAGCAUUCAGUUCUGAAGAUGAUGAAUUCGACUGUGAUGAUGAUGAUGACGACGAAGAUGAUUUUGAAGAAGAGUUACGGUUGUUCCAACAGAAAGCUAACCAUAUGGGUUUGCUCAAUCAGCAGGCCAAUAUGGUAGCCAAUGCCAAGAAGAAUGGUUCAGGGGCCACACACAACAACGGAAAAAUGAACAAUGGUGGAAACGGGCAAGCUGGAAAGAAAGGUGGUGGAGGCAAUGGCGGAGGAAACCCUAACCAAAAUAUGGGUAUGGAUCAGAAGGUCAUGGCAGCAGCUGCUGCCAAGAUGAAUAAUGCCCAUUUGAAUGGUGGCCAUGUAAAUGCUGGUGAAGCUAAAAAAGGAAAUGAAAUCACUGCCAUGUUAGCAGGACUAAAUGGCCAUGGAGCUGGUGUUGGCCUUGGAGGGAAUGGGUUAGGAUUUCAAGCCCAGAUGAACAAUGGCUUCCAGGGGUCUUCUGCUGGAUUCCCAGCUGCUGCUGCUGCUGCUGGGUAUGCAGCAGGUGGGCACCAGCCAUCAGCCAUGAUGAACAACUUGCAGGGUUACCAGUUUAAUCAUCCAUCAGUGAUGAAUAUGCAGAACAGGAAUAACAUGAACUUGAUGAUGAAUGAGGCAAAGUAUAUGCAGCCCCAGAUGAUGUAUAACAGAUCUCCUAGCAUCGCUCCCAGCACUGGCUAUUACUACAACAACUACUACACUCCAUUCCCCUACCCAAGCUCCCAACCAGACAACAAUGGUGCUGAUUCUGCCGCCCAUAUGUUCAGUGAUGAAAACCCAAACAGCUGUGUUGUUAUGUAAAGAAAAUGUUAUUCAUUUGAGAAACCAAAGAGGAGGGAAGAGGACAAGUGCUAUAUUAUUAUUAUUAUUAGCUGGUAGGCAAUAUUAAAACAGUGCUGUUUUGAUGGAGGGAGGUAUAUGGAUAUGCCUCUGAGUGAUGAAUCUUCUUCUUUAGUUUUAAAAGUAUAAGUUGUUUGUAAAGAUGUUUUUAUCCCUCUUUGCAAAUGUGUUUGUUUGU